AAGAAGAGUGUUUUCGCUCUAAAGAAGCGCCAGGUCUCAAUGAAUGAGCCAAAAUUCAAAAUAAGCGUGAAUUUCUAUGUUGUUUCUAUCGCUCGCCGAGAUAAUACAUGCAAUUAUCACAUUGGAAGGCGACGCCAAGGGUUUUGGUUGGACGCUGGAGUAAAACGUCUGAGUUGCUCCUGUAAAAGUAUAACCUCUUGGCUCUGCCUGUGCUGUGAUAGUCCGGCGGCAGGCUGGCGCAGGUGGUGGGGUGCUCUUGGACCAUGAGAGACAGUGGUAGCGGGCUGGCUCAGACACACUGGUCCAAUGAGCUGACACUAACAGCAGGGGACGAGGGCCCCGCCAGCGGCGGGGGUGCCAUCAGAGGCGGCCAUCUUAUGGACCCCGUCACAGGCCACCAAGCCCUUAGACCUGCACAGCUCAAACUGGGACACAGAGAGGACAUCGGCACGUGGGGUACGGAGUACACAGUGCCUGAUGACGACGAGGACAAAGAUGAUGAAGAAAUGGAAGAGGAGGUAGAAGAAGUCGUCGACAAGGGCUUCAGGUGGAAUGAUGAAGGCGACGAGAGUUGGGGGAAGGCGGAGCCCUUGCUGCCUGCACAGAGGGAGGUAGGCCCCGUAGCCAGGAACUCGCCUCGCUACUCUACCCAGACUUGCCUCAUUGGACUAGGGAUGAGGAGGCUGGCUCGCUGGUGGCCCAGGGCUCGGAGGUGUGUGAACAUUCGCUAUCGUCUGGCCCAGCAGUGGCGCACCUGGCGCCAGCGGGCAAAGUGGGCGGGGACUCUAGGCUACAGGAGUGUCCGCAGGUGGAGCAGAAGCCGACGCCCAGAGCGCCAGCUGAGCCAGAGGCAGCCGGUGAGUGCGCUCACAAAUGGAGAGGCAGACGACUGCAGGGGAGAUGGAGGUGACAGGGGAGCUGUUGUGCCUGACCCACAUGGGGCCAAUGGGCUCCCAGCUGGGAAAGAGGGAAGUCAUGGAGCAAACCUGGCAAACCGGGAGGACCGCAACUCCCCUUCCGGGAUCCUAGCAACCCCACGCGACAGGCCCCCGCCUCAGAACCAGCUGAGCAGCGAGCACAUCUCUUGUGUACAAGGCAUUCUAGAUGAGUUCCUACAUCAGUAUGGGAGCCUGAUCCCCAUCCACGUGGAUGAGGUGGUGGAGAGGUUGCAGGCCAUCUUCAACGAGAGUUUCUCCAGCCCCCAUAGGAAAGUGAUGGUGCAACAUCUAAUGCAGUCCUACCAGCGCAUGUCUGGAACAGCCAUGAUGCGAGAAUUCCGCGUAAACUACAAACGUCACGUUCUCACCAUGGAUGAUCUAAGCACUCUCUAUGGCCAAAAUUGGCUUAACGACCAGGUCAUGAACAUGUAUGGGGAUUUGGUCAUGGAUUCUGUUACCGAUCGGGUUUACUUUUUCAACAGCUUUUUUUAUGAUAAGCUGAGGACAAAAGGAUAUGAAGGUGUCAAACGGUGGACAAAAAAUGUGGACAUUUUUCAAAAGAAGUAUUUGCUGAUUCCCAUACACCUGGAGGUUCACUGGUCUCUGGUGUGUGUGAACAUUCCUGAACGGACAAUCACCUACUUUGACUCCCAGCGGACUCUCAACCGACGCUGUCCCAAGCAUAUUGCAAAAUACCUGCUAGCAGAGGCAAUCAAGAGGGAGCAGAAGGACUUCUACAUAGGCUGGAAAGGCCUCUUUAAAAUGAAUGUGGCGAGGCAGAACAAUGACAGUGACUGUGGGGCUUUUGUUCUCCAGUACUGUAAGUGCCUGGCAUUGGAGCAACCUUUCAGCUUUGGCCAGCAGGACAUGCCCAAACUCCGAAGACAGAUGUACAAAGAACUAUGUCACUGCAAACUCUCUCUGUGAUGCCACAGGAGACUCUGGGAACAAGAAUGAGAAGAGGCCAUCUUGUAUCACUUCUCCAUCCGUGUCACUUUCCUGCCCCAUAUGUGGUGGACAGACAUGAGAGAGACUGUUUGUCUGGAGUGACUAUUCAUCCUUCAAACACAUCAGCUCUUUUUCUUUCUAUUUUUUAAACUCUUUGACUUUAAUGAUGUCCUCACUAUUUGCUCUCCAUGUCCUGCUGUUGGUUAAUGGGACAAAAUUCAAGAGGACAUCGUGUUUUCUGAUGGGGACGGGAUAAAAGAAACCUUCUCGUUGGUCUAUUCUAUUUUGUGCCAGCCAUCAUCUUGGCAAUUAAAAAAAAAAAUUCUUGUUAUUGAUGUCAGUAACCUGUAUGCUAAAUGGUAAUGAAAAUGUAGGGGUUGGGAAAAGACUUGCAUAUGUUAUAAAGAAAUGAUAUUCAUAUUACUAGAGGACAGAGUCAGUAUGGACCACGACACUAUAUUCUUGUUUUCUUUUGGUCACUAUUGUUUGUUGUUACUGUAUUUGUGUGUUCAAAGUGCAAAAUGAGCAGCUGUAAAUUAACUGUUUUAUAUCUUUUGAGAUGCAUACAAUGUUGUAAAAUGAACUAAUAAAAAUUAUAUAAACACUC